CGCUCCGCAGGCAGGACGCCCGCCGGCAGCCUCGUUGUGGCUCUUCGGGCUCCGGCGGCAGCAGCGGCGUCCACCCCAGCCGCCUCCUAGCGGCGCGGUGCCCGCUCCUACGCCUAAAAUGACUAAUGUGUGAUUUCAGUGGAAUAAAUGGCGUCCAAAGUCACAGAUGCUAUAGUCUGGUAUCAAAAGAAGAUUGGAGCAUACGAUCAACAAAUAUGGGAAAAAUCUGUUGAACAAAGAGAAAUCAAGGGGUUAAGGAAUAAACCAAAGAAAACAGCUCAUGUGAAACCAGACCUCAUAGAUGUUGAUCUUGUAAGAGGAUCUGCAUUUGCUAAGGCUAAGCCUGAAAGUCCUUGGACUUCUCUAACUAGAAAGGGAAUUGUUCGAGUUGUGUUUUUUCCCUUUUUCUUCCGGUGGUGGUUACAAGUAACAUCAAAGGUCAUCUUUUUCUGGCUUCUUGUACUAUAUCUUCUUCAAGUUGCUGCAAUAGUGCUAUACUGUUCCGCUUCUAGCCCACAUAGUAUACCUCUGACAGAAGUGAUUGGGCCAAUAUGGCUGAUGCUGCUCCUGGGAACUGUGCAUUGCCAGAUUGUUUCGACAAGAACCCCCAAACCUCCUCUAAGUACAGGGGGUAAACGAAGAAGGAAAUUAAGAAAAGCAGCCCAUUUGGAAGUACAUAGGGAAGGAGAUGGUUCUAGUACCACAGAUAACACACAGGAGGGAGCAGUUCAGAGCCAUGGUACAAGCACCUCUUACAGCGUUGGCGCUGUCUUCAGAGAUCUCUGGCAUGCUGCUUUCUUUUUAUCAGGAUCAAAGAAAGCAAAGAAUUCAAUUGACAAAUCUACUGAAACUGACAAUGGCUAUGUAUCCCUUGAUGGGAAAAAGACUGUUAAAAACAGUGAAGAUGGAAUACAAAAUCAUGAACCUCAGUGUGAAACUAUUCGACCAGAAGAGACAACCUGGAACACAGGAACACUGAGGAAUGCUCCCAGCAAAGAUACCCAAAGGACAAUAACAAAUAUCUCUGAUGAAGUCUCCAGUGAGGAAGGUCCUGAAGCAGGAUACCCACUACGCCGUCACGUGGACAGGACUUCUGAAAGCGUUCUUCGGAAUAGAAAGUCACACCAUUAUAAGAAACAUUAUCCUAAUGAGGAUGCCCCUAAAUCGGGUACUAGUUGCAGCUCUCGCUGUUCAAGUUCCAGACAGGAUUCUGAGAGUACAAGGCCAGAAUCUGAAACAGAAGAUAUAUUAUGGGAAGACUUGUUACAUUGUGCAGAAUGCCGUUCAUCUUGUACCAGUGAGACAGAUGUGGAAAAUCCUCAGAUUAAUCCAUGUGUGAAAAAAGAAUAUAGAGACGACCCUUUUCAUCAGAGUCAUUUGCCCUGGCUCCAUAGUUCCCACCCAGGAUUAGAAAAAAUAAGUGCUAUAGUAUGGGAAGGCAAUGACUGUAAGAAAGCAGACAUGUCUGUACUUGAAAUCAGUGGAAUGAUAAUGAACAGAGUAAACAACCAUAUACCAGGAAUAGGAUACCAGAUUUUUGGAAAUGCAAUCUCUCUAAUCCUGGGUUUAACUCCAUUUGUUUUCCGACUCUCUCAAGCUACAGACUUGGAACAACUCACAGCACAUUCUGCUUCAGAACUUUAUAUGAUUGCUUUUGGUUCCAAUGAAGAUGUCAUAGUUCUUUCUAUGGUUAUAAUAAGUUUUGUGGUUCGUGUGUCUCUUGUGUGGAUUUUCUUUUUUUUGCUCUGUGUAGCAGAAAGAACUUAUAAACAGCGAUUACUUUUUGCAAAACUCUUUGGACAUUUAACAUCUGCAAGGAGGGCUCGAAAAUCUGAGGUUCCUCAUUUCCGGUUGAAGAAAGUACAGAAUAUAAAAAUGUGGCUAUCUCUCCGUUCCUAUCUUAAGCGUCGAGGUCCUCAGCGAUCAGUUGAUGUAAUAGUUUCAUCUGCUUUCUUGUUGACUAUCUCAGUUGUAUUUAUCUGUUGUGCCCAGCUGCUUCAUGUGCAUGAGAUCUUCCUUGAUUGUCACUACAACUGGGAACUGGUAAUCUGGUGCAUCUCCUUAACACUUUUUCUCCUAAGAUUUGUUACCCUUGGAUCAGAAACAAGUAAAAAAUAUAGCAAUACCUCAAUAUUACUUACUGAACAAAUAAACCUGUACUUGAAAAUGGAGAAAAAACCUAACAAAAAAGAGGAACUGACACUAGUGAAUAAUGUUUUAAAACUGGCUACUAAACUGCUAAAGGAAUUGGACAGUCCCUUUAGAUUAUAUGGGCUAACAAUGAAUCCGCUGCUUUACAACAUCACCCAGGUUGUCAUCCUGUCAGCUGUUUCUGGUGUUAUCAGUGACUUGCUUGGAUUUAACUUAAAGCUGUGGAAGAUUAAAUCAUGAUGAAUCAGAAAAAAGAUGUAGCCUCUUUUCCAGAAUAAGAGUACUGACUAAGCUGCCUGAAAGCAGUCACUGAUUCUUUGCUUCAGGAGUCUCAGCUGGGAAAUUGAAGUGUUUACAUCAGACUUUCUUGUGCAAUUCUUAUAUUUAUUUUACUUUUUCACUGUUUUUUUACAUUUAGUCUUUAUAUUUUAUUUUUAAGCAUUGAUGUACUUAGUUGUUGAAAGGGUGAUGAAACUGAUACCCAGAUACUUGAGAUCCUGGUAAUUGCUCAUAAAUAAUUGGCAAAAUAACAAAUUCUGAAAAUAGAAGCCAUUACUAAGCACUGUUUCUCCAUCAAUGCCGUGAACUUGCCUUACUUGAUGAAAAAUUCUUUAGCUUUGGAAUAUUGCAUUGAACUCAGCUAAACAAAUACAGCAUUUUCUUUGGUAAAUCAAGAUUCAGUCAGGGUUUCUCUUGAAUUAUUUUGGAACAAUGCCAGGAUCUAAACUAAUUAAGCUGCAGUUUAAGCACCCUUCAGUAUUAAUAUAUACGGUAUUACAUAAUAGGUCAACAAGUGCUCUUUGAUGAUAAAACUCGUAAUAGAGCAAUAAUUGUAAAUGGUUACCAUACUGUAAGAUAUUUUGAUAAAAAUUAACUCGUUAUAAUUGUAUUUAUUUGAAACACUGGGCUGUUUGCACAGCUCCAACUGUGCAUGCUCAAAAUGUGCACUUUUAAAAAUUGUUACUUUUAAUGCGUAUCUUUAUAUGGGAUAUGUUAUAGUGUACUAGGGCAUGAUAUGGUAUCCUUUUGAGUGAGGUAUGUACUCAUCUCACAAGUGAAGUGCCUAUUGAUAUUACUAAAGUACAUUAUGUUUACUCAAGUAAAAUAAUUUUCUCCCUAUGGUACACUAUAGUGUAUGCUAUUCAUACCACACUCAAAUGAACAACUUAAGAAUAAGGUUAACAACCAAUAAAAUAUUCCUCUGAUUAUUAGUUAUGAAACUAUAUCCAAAUUUUUGGAAAAGACAGCUUCCUUGCAAAUCUAUCCUACAAACCUAUCUGGUGCAUUCUCCCCACC